UUUUGCUCUCCCUACAGCCAAACAAAGGCAGCGAAGCGUCGUCCGCCGACGCAGCAGUCGCGACACGCACCGGCGGACAACCUCCACUCAGGCUGUUCCGCGCGCGGCCGCCGAGAGCUGCACCUCGCUCCCAUACAGCCAAAAAGGGCUGCCCCCGCGCCGCCGCCGCCGCAGCGACAAAAAUGCCCCGCACGGGCCACUUCGCCACCGGCGGCUCCGUCGCCACGGAGACGGUGGAGACGGACCAGAAGCCGAGCCCGCACAAGGCGAACAAAAAAGCGCUACGCGCGUCGAUACCCGAGCAUCUACGACCGGAGGAGUUGUUUGGGCGGAUAGCGUCCGAGGACGAGGUCAUCACCUGGAAGGAUUUGCGGCGAGGCGUACGGUUGCAGUUACGCAUCGCCCAGGACCAGAUGGACGACGAAGGCACGGCGGCGGUCUGGGAGCGGAUAUCGCACAAUCCCUGUGUCGAUGAAUUGCUACACUAUGCGGGCUUCGAGACCAGGGCCGAAAGGGAAGCUAGAGCGGAACGGGAAAGGCUGGAGGAGCUGGAGCGGAUCCGUUUAGCUCAAUUAGCCGAAGAGGAGCGGCGCCGGCAGGCCGCUGUCGACAACUUCGACAGCGAGUGCAUCCCGCUCAAGACGCUGAAGUUAAUCGUCAAAAGACUCAAAGAUUUGACGGUGCAGGAGUAUAUUUUUGAGCACAUGCACGACGUCGGGAUGAGCAUACCGGUCUUCCCCGAGGAAACGCUCCGCGAGGCGAUCUACCACCACCUGGACCGGAACGGAGAUGGUAGUUUGGAGUGCGGGGAAUUUAAAGAUAUUGUGCGCGGUCGAUUGCGGAUCACGAAGUUUGAUUUGGACGAUGAAGGGUUGGACCGGCUCGUGAACGCGGUCGACCAAGAUGGCUCCGGCGACAUCGACAUGGACGAGCUGCAUGCGUUGCUGGAGCGGGGCGCCGCGUAUGAUGAUGAUGUUUUACGAGAGGGCGACGACGAGGUGGCGCUUCGACUAGGAUUAGAUAAGACGUGGCAGCGGCCGUGUCCCGUGUUGCUCUCGAAGGCUACUGGAAGAUUAACAGCGAAGCCCGACCAUACGCUGCCCUUCGCUCACGACGACGUCGGGGAUGAGGUGCGGGUCGUGACGCCCCGCGAGGCCCUGUACAACCGCCUCGAGUCGCGAAACGCGCAAAAACUACCAAGGAUCAAAAAAGAGGGUAGGCACUUGUCAUUGUUCCCGAACGUGAUUCUGUACGGCGAGAAGCCGCGGCGGCCGUCCAAGGCUGCGAUGUUGCACGAGUCGUCUUAUCUAAGGACGGCCGCUCCCGCAAUACCGCGGACCGCGCCCGAUAGGAUCGAGAUGACGCCCUUCGAGCAGACGGGGGCGCACGCCGAGAUGGCGCCCCCCGAGAAGUGGACGCGGACCGCUGCGCAGCGCGAAAAGGUGCUUGCCGACCUGGAGCUGGCGGGCGUCUACGAGUAAGACGUUAGGACCUC